AUGGCACGCCAUGAUAAUACAGGCGGUGUCAGUGCUUUGGUUCGACAUACAGCUGGCAUGGCUGAAUUAGCUAUUAGUGCUGGUCAUCCAGAUCGAAAACAUAAUGAAUAUUUACCAUAUCCUGAUAAUAAUUUUAAUGAUCCUGUAAUUGAACAUUUUCAACGAGCUAACAAAUUUACUAUUGGUCAUAUACUUGAUCGUUCUGGACGAACAUUUGUUCCUAAUGUUCCUGUUCAUGUGACAUCGAUUGUUGCUGAACGUACUUAUGGAGGUUUCUCUGAAUUUUUGAAUCCUUACUUAUAUUGUGUAACAACAAGACAUGGUCCAUAUGAAUGGACUAUUUAUAAACGUUAUCGGCAUUUUAAUGAUUUACACAAAGCUUUAGUACAAUAUGUUGAAGCUGAAACAAAACGAUCUAUUAGUGAUUUAGAGAAAAUUCAAGAUGAAGAAAAUGAAAAUCCAUGUUUUCCAACAAGAAAUGAUCGAUUAGCAUUCAUCAAUAAUAAUAUUGUUCGAGAACGUUGUCAAAUUCUUAAUGAUUAUCUCAAUAAAGUUCUUAAACAUCCAAAAUUUCGCAAUCAUCAAGCAAUGCGUGAAUUUUUUGAUGUUAGUUUUAUUUCAUUUGUCUAUGGUUUGUCAAUUAGUUUAAAAGAAGGUUAUUUAUUUAAACGAUCACGUGAUGAUUAUCGUGGUCAUAGUAUAUUUGUUCGUUUACCAUUUCUUUGUGAUACAUGUAAAUUUCAUCAUGGUCGAAAAUGGUUUGUUAUUAAGGAUAGUUAUAUGACUUAUAUACGUCCUGAUACAUUUGAAAUACGUUUUCCAAUGUUAGUUGAUCGUGGUUUUGAAAUUGCAACUGGUUUUCGUCAAGCUGGUACACAACAUGGUAUAAAAAUAACAAAUUUACAACGAACAUUAGUUCUUAAAUGUCGAAAUAAUCGUGAUGCUGAAGAAUGGACACAACAUUUAUUUAAUUUAAAAGAACAGUCGAAAAGUUUUUUUAGUGCAACAGCAAGUCGUUUUAAUUCAUUUGCACCAAUACGUGAAAAACAACAUGCUUAUUGGUUUAUUAAUGGUAAAUCUUAUAUGGAAGCAGUUGCAAAAGCACUUUUAACAGCUAAAGAAGAAGUUUUUAUAACUGAUUGGUGGCUUUCACCUGAAAUAAUGAUGAUAAGACCAUCUGAUGAUGAAACAUUUCGAUUGGAUAAUUUAUUAGGAAAAAUAGCUGAUAAUGGUGUUCGUGUAUAUGUUCUAGUUUUUAAAGAAAUGUCAUUUGCUAUGGGUUUAAAUAGUUUACAUACAAAACGAGCAUUAAUUGGUAAAAGUAAAAAAGGAUUUAUAAAAGUUAUUCGUCAUCCUGAUCAUUAUCCUCGUGGUGGAGUUUUCUUAUGGUCUCAUCAUGAAAAAACAGUUAUUAUUGAUCAAAAAAUUGCAUUUGUUGGUGGUAUUGAUUUAUGUUUUGGUCGUUGGGAUGAUGAUCUUAUGCGUCUUGUCGAUUUGGGUGAUGACAACGAUACACAACUAAAAAUGCCAGGUCAGAUCGAAGCAGAAAAUCAAGCAGCAGGUGGUAAAGAAACUGUUGAAGCAGCACAAGUGACUACUACAGCAAUGGCCGAACAAGCAGGUGAAAAACCAGCUAAAGGCACUGAUAAAAUGAGAACAACUGUUACUCCUCCAAAUAAAGGUAGUGAAGACAUUAAACUAAGAGAACAAACACAAGCUAGUGGAACUGGACAUCAUACGCGGACAGCAGCUAAAAAAUGGAUCGAAGCAAAACUUUCAGGAACGGAACGUGAUGGAGCUGAUAGUGAUACAGAAAAGGGUAGCAAUAACAUAACACGGCAACCCUUAAUGCGUGUACUAACUCAUGCUGAAAAUCAAGCAACUAACACACAACAUAAACAAGAUCUAGAAUUACAACAAAUGUCUAAUUGGCGUCAUCCAAAAGCUAAUUUAAAUCGUAUACGAUCACUAGAUUCAUCCGAAACUGGCCAGGGUGAUCACGCUGCUCAUACUAAUGCUGCUUCUUCUUAUCGAUUUCGCUCUCACAAUGCUUUUAAUAAAUUUGUACAUCAGUCAAUAGAUUUUGCACGGCACGAUACUAUGAACGCUGAACAAAAAGUUCUUGAAGAUGAUGAAGAUGCUGUACGACGACCAGAAAAAUAUGUUCGUAGAUGGAAAAAAUUAGUUCAAGUAAGGAAAAAAAGUCUUCUAGAAGAAGAGUCUGAAGAUGAAGAAAAACCUGAAGAACCACAAUCAUAUAUUGGACCAUCACCAGUUAUUGAUACAAAACAUCGAUAUUUUGUUGGAAAAGAUUAUUCAAAUCCAUAUGAAAAAGAUUUUGAAACACUUGAAAGAUAUAAUGAAGAUUUUAUUGAUCGAAAAGCAGUACCUCGUAUGCCAUGGCAUGAUGAAGCACUUGUUGUAUUCGGUAAAGUAGCUCGUGAUGUUGCAAGACAUUUUAUUCAACGUUGGAAUAUUCAUAAAUGUGAAAAAUUUCUUUACGAAGAAUCUUAUCCAUUUUUAUUACCAAAAACAUAUGAUGAUGCAGAAGAAUUACGAGUUAGUUAUUGGAAAGAUUUUCUUGAAAGUCGACCGUUUGAAGUGGAUGCUCAAUGUCUUCGUUCUACAGGACCUUGGUCAAUUGGAACAAAAAUCAUUGAAAAUUCAAUUCAAAAUGCUUAUAUACAAAUGAUUGAUGCUGCUAAAUAUUAUAUUUAUAUUGAAAAUCAAUUUUUUAUUACUAUUGCCGGAGAUAAUGUAGUAAAAAAUCAAUUGGCUGAAGCUCUUUAUCGAAGAGUAGUACGAGCAUAUACAUCGGAUGAAAAAUUUCGAAUCUAUAUUGUUCUUCCUCUAUUGCCUGGUUUUGAUAAUGUUAAUGCAGUUCAAGCUGUACUGUAUUUUAUUAUGCGUUCGAUUACUAAAGGUGAAACAUCAUUAUUUAAACGAUUGGAAAGAGCAGGUGUUCCACCCGAUGAAUAUAUUAGUUUUUAUGGUAUGCGUGCUCAUGAUGUUCUAAUGGGUUCUUUAGUAACUGAAAUAAUUUAUGUACAUUCAAAAUUAAUGAUAAUUGAUGAUCGUAUGGCAAUUUGUGGUAGUGCUAAUAUAAAUGAUCGUUCACUACUUGGUCAACGUGAUAGUGAAUUUUGCGUUGUUAUAAAUGAUCGUGAAGAAGAAGAUGGUAUAUUCAAUGGAAAACAAAUUCGUUUAGGAAAGUUUUGUGCUAGUUGGAGAAAACGACUUUUUGCAAUGAUGUUAGGUAUUCUAACUGAAAAUCCUAAAAAUAUUGAUAUAAGCGAUCCAGUAUCAGAUGAAUUUUAUAAUUAUUUUCGAGAUACUGCAAGAAAGAAUACACUUAUAUAUGAAGAAGUAUUUGCAACGUUACCAAGUGAUCGUGUUAGAAGAUUUGAUCAAGUUGGUCAAUAUACUGAAGUACCAAAAUUAAAAGAUAUUGAUCCAAUACGAGCACAAGAAAAAUUAAAAGAAAUUCAAGGUACAAUUGUCGAGUAUCCACUUUAUUUUCUUGAUGAAGAAAAUUAUUUACCAAGUCUUCGAACCCGUGAAGGACUUGUUCCAAAUGUAAUGUGGACAUAA